CUCGAAACCUCAGACGCCAUAUUUUCUGUGUGAACUAUGGCGUAGAAGAGAUGUGUAUUAGAAAUACGAUUAUCUGAAUAUUUUGUUAUCGAUGAUACAUGCUUUGAUAAAUUCUACAGUUUGAUUGGCCAGUGAACAGUGACUGUAAUCCUGGACGGGAAGCCACGGGGCACGGGGCUAGAGCUGGGGGAGAAUGAGUGAAGUUGAUAAGGAAGGGUAUGCAGAAGAAGACAGUACUGAUAGCUCCUCCAGCGGCGAAUCAGGAUCUGACACUGAUGCCAGUGAAAGCCAUGACAAACAGUUCUCCAUUCAAGCGACUAACUGUGAUCCAGGCCAACUAAAGUUAAAAAUAACCUGUACCGGACGCAAGAAAAGCUCCACCCCAUCGUCUCCCUUGGACAUAGAUGAUGAUGAAGAAGAUGAUGAAGAAGAAUCACACCAAACUGCUAGAAACCCAGAUAACGAGUCAGCUUUUUUGACAGAGAAAAGUGACAGACAAGAACCGACUCAGAGUUCAAGCAUAGCCACAUCACAACCAACAGCAAAGGCAUCCACAGAUACAUCCUUGAUGAAAUCCACUUCAGACGAGAGUCCCACUACAUCAUUGGAGAACUAUACCUCAUCAGAAAAGAGCAGAACUGUUCAAUCAAAGUGUGUCAGCAGUGCAGUAUGUAAAUCACCUGUUAAGAAAGCUGAUAAACCAAAGACUACACAGCUUGCUUCCACAGGCUCAAAACCACAAAACACUGUUGAACCAGCCACUGAUCCCAGUAAGUUUUAUUCUGAUUCUGAGAAGGAAUUUUCUGGUGAUACCACAGACACUGAGUCAAGACAUAAUGAUUCAGCCAGCAUUCAAAGCAGCUCUCACCCCAGCUACAUAUCAACUGAUGAAGAUGCUGAUGACAAACAUCAAAAGAAAGCAAAACGGGUGAGAACUGUAGCUGAACACCACGAACAACUGCUUAAGUUAGACACCAUGUCUAAUGUGUCACCAGAUAGUGGUAUUCAGUCUAUUGCUGGUUCUCCAUCGGGAAAUGAUUCCCCCAAUUCUGUUAUUCUUGGGGAAACCCAUGCUAUUGAUUCACAUGUGCAGGAGCAACACAAGGUGGAUAAUUCCCAGGAACUUUUGCCACCACCACCCCCUCCCCCACCUCCACCACAACCUAGCACUGCAAGAGAGUCACCCAUGACUGAAACAAGCAAACAGCAUGACAGUAAGGAAGAAGAGAGUUUGAGUGUACACCAAAAGAAAAGCUAUGCGGAUAUGUUCUUCAUGCCUUCAUUUUCUACAGGGAAAAAGAAACGAGGCAGGCCACCCAAAAAGAAAUAUGCCAAUAUGCUUCACAGAAAGAGUAAACUUUAUGACAAUAUCCCUGAUAGCAGUACAGCCAUUGAACAAAACCAGAAUCAGUCUAUGACUCUGGAUGAGUUAGAAAUAUCGCAAUCAGUGAGCAAAUUUGGUAAGAAGAAUGAAUCUCUGGACAGGAAUAUAUUUGACAAAAUGCCAGUGCAACCAGUUCAUGAGGUAAGAGGAAAGAGACCUUACACAAAGAGGAAAUAUAAGGUACCUAAAAGUGAAAUUCCCCUUGAAAUUAAAGGGCAGAAAAAGGUUGGGAGGAAAAAGAAAAUUAGAGAUGAUGAAGGUUCUGCUUUGAAGAAGAAAAAGGCUCUUCAGAAACUUGCUAAGGCAAGUGGAAAACAAUCACUGUUUGAGCAGUCAUUUGAAAGCAUGGGUGCUCCACUCUUUAUGAACCACACACUGCCAUCAAGUUUGCAGGAAUCCCAGGUCCAAGUGCCAGUGAAAAGAGGACCUGGUAGGCCGAAAGGUUCUGGCAAAAAAUCUUCUGCUCUGAAACCAAAUAAACAGGUUGUGAAAAAGCUAGGUGUUCCUGGUAAGAGGGGGAGACGGCCUGGCCCGAAGAAGUCACUUCUUCAAAGUUCGAACGUUUUCAGUAAACCAUUACUUGGCAAGGAUGGUCAGCCUAAGCGUAAGAGGGGCAGGCCCCGGAAGUAUCCCCUACCAAUUCAAAGUGGACCCAGUGCUGCAUCUAUUGAAAAAGCAUUGGCUGCGCUGACAAGCCAAUUAACAAAAGACAAGGCUCAUGAUCAACGAUCACCAGUUGAAAAUGAAUUUACUUCACUCAUACAAAGUGUUCAGGAUUCUAUUAACUCACAGUUUCCUGGAGUUGAAAGUGAUCAUGAAGAGAUACAUGACUUCAAUGUUGAAGACAAUCUCAAUGACAUUGAACCCACACUUACCACCAACAGUGACUUUCAAGAGCCUAAACCACAAAAAGUAGUCCCCAAAAUCAGAAAGCCUAAACUUCAUGUCAUGAUGAGAAAAAACACAAGGGGUAGACGUAAAAAAGUGAAAGCCAAUAUUGUUAAGAAACCAUUUACACCUUUCUUGAGAAGUUCAAGUAGUACAUUUGUGUCCAAGUUUCAGCAGGCUAGUGUUUCAUCUAGUAUUUCAUCAUCAAACAGUUCAUCUUUCAAAGGGGAGUACCUUUUCAGGGGAUUUCACACAAAAAUACCAAAGGCAACAUCAGGCAUUGGACUUUUGUCUGUGAGUUCAUUCAGGACACCAGAUGAAAAUGAUGAAUUGGGCAGGUCUGGUGAUAAAAACAGAAAAAAGAAAAAGAAGUUGUUAUAUUUUAAGUCAAAGCAUAGAAAUAUUGUUGAUCCUGUUUUUCUUGCAAAUAUGGAUUGCUUGAUAAAUGAAUUGGAAAACAUGGCUAUUUCGGAACAAAGAGGUGAUACAUUUAUUCGAGUAAGACCUGGAGAGGUUUUGUUACCAAGCAUAUUUAGAUUAACUAAGAUAAAUGUGAAAAAGAAGAAGAAAGACAAGUUAAUUCUGGAGAAAACUGUCAAAAAACUCAAGUCUAAGAAAGAUCAAACAUUGAAAGAACAUAGUAUUCCUAUCUUAAAGGAAAAAAUGAAAAUGUCUCGAAAAAGGAGUAUAUCAGAAGAUUCUGGUCCGCCUGUGUUGGAGUGCCAAGUUCCAAGCCAACAGUGUUUGCCUCCAAAGAAAAGGCACAAGUUGAUGAACUUGUUUUCAAGUCAGACUGCACCCACAUUAGAACCCAUUGGCAGUGGUGAACAGAGUCCACCAUUACCAGUGCCUGAAAAGAGAAAGGUUGGACGACCACGGAAACAUCCUCCUCCAACGCCCAAGCCAUCUGUAUCUAACACUGGUGCUGAUAGAAAUGUGUUCACACAAGUGUUCUCAAAGACUCUGCUUGGAGAUGCAAUCUCAGCAUGUUCCCAACCUCCUGAACUGUCCAUCCAGACUCAGCCUUCAGUGCUGGGUAGCGUGAGCAACACCUCCAAGUCACCCCCAAUCCUCGACAUCUCCUCUUUCAUGGGUGGUGAUGGUGGUGCUUCAGAUACUUCGUCCCUACAGUCACCGACAAGUACAAAGGCAGCAAAACACAACUCUUUGUCUGACUGUAGCUCAAGAUCUCAGUCCAUCACACCCGAAAAAGUGAAAAAACAAUUUGUGAAAAAAGAAAAACUCAGCUUAGGGAAAUCAACUAAGAAGUCUUUGAGUAGUACAAAUGAAGAUAAAUCUUCAAAGUCAAAAUCUCAGAAAGUGUCCGAAAGUGUUUCUUCUGAGAAUGUGUGUGACAGUCAACCUGUUAGUGCUGUGAUUUCUGAUAGUGAUGAAUUGUGCAAUACCUCUGCGGAUAGUGUUGAUGAUACUAUAGAGUCUGUGAUACGAACUGUGUGUUCGGAAUAUGAGCCUUUGCCUACUCCACGCCAUAAGAGGAAAAAGUUAUCUUUGGAUAAAGAUGGGACAGGAAAGAGGAAGAAAGUACGACGUCAGCUUGACAUGGACGACAGACAUUCAACAGAAGAAGAAAGUGAACCAGCUUCAACUCCUGUGAUAAGACGUACUGACCCAUCUCAGCCACCCAGAAAAAGAUAUCAACGUGUGGGACUCUUCUCUGACUUCUACAAAGAUGAUGAACCAAAGAAAAGAUCUGACAAUAUGCUGAAGUCCAAAGAUAAACUAGUUUAUGUUCGAGAAGAGCAUAGCCAUGGUUUACUGCCUCCCCCUCUUCACGUAGGGAAAUAUCUCCGAGAAAGGCAAACUGAUUUUACGCUUCCCUAUGAUGUAUGGUGGAUGUAUCUUCAUAAUAUGUUGCCAAAGAGAGAAGAGCCAACGCCAAAGUAUAAGAAGAUACGGAACAAUGUGUAUGUUGAUCUCAAACCAAAUGCAGGAAAGAAACCAGAGCCACAUUAUUGCCAGUGCAAGAAACCAGCUGACCCAAACGAAAAGGGAUGUGGAGAAGAUUGCUUGAAUAGAAUGGUGUUUACGGAGUGUAGUCCAAACAGCUGCCCUGGUGGGGAGAACUGUUCAAACCAGAGGCUCCAGAGACAUGAGUGGGCACCAGGCUUGGAGAAGUUUGUUACUGAGGAGAGGGGAUAUGGUGUCUGCACAACACAACAAAUACCAGCAGGAAGCUUCAUUUUGGAAUAUCUGGGAGAGGUGGUCAGUGAGCAGGAGUUCCGUCGCCGGAUGAUGACAGAGUACUCUCAGGAGCGGCAUCACUACUGUCUCAACCUUGAUAGUGGUGCAGUCAUUGAUGGCUACAGGAUGGGCAACGUUGGAAGAUAUGUCAACCAUAGUUGUGAACCCAACUGUGAAAUGCAGAAGUGGAAUGUGAAUGGCCUGUACAGAAUGGCUUUGUUUGCUCUUCGUGAUAUUGAGGAUGGAGAGGAACUGGGCUAUGACUACAACUUCCACUCCUUCAAUGCUGAAACUCAGCAAACUUGCAAAUGUGGUGCAAAAACUUGUCGGGGUGUCAUUGGAGGAAAAACUCAACGAAAUGGGCAGUGCAAGGACAAACCCACCCCGUCCAGGCCAGUUGGUAGACCACCAAAAGACAAGAGAAAAUCGAAAAAUAGGCUAAAGAAGUUAAAAGAUAAGCUGAAGCAGCAUCCGGAUCCAAGUAGUGCUAAUAGAAUCAUAAGCCAGACUGUGAUAAAACCAAUGUCCAACCGAGAAAGGUGCUUUGCUCGAAAGAAAAGUAUAUUCUUGGUGAGGAACAUUGACAAAGUUCGACAAAUCAAACAGAAAAUGCAGCAGCCAGAGAGAGAGAAAGAUUCAGAGAGGGAAGGAACAAGGGACUCAGGAGUCAUGAAUGCAGAUCUCUUCCUUACCCAGCUUAAUGACAGGUCGGUCAAAACCAGACUAGUGGCAAUGGCGGAGGAGAAUCCUGAGCUGCAGAAGAGAUACAAACUAGUCAAAGUCUUCACAAGGAUUUUUGAUGUCAUUGCAUCAUUUAAAGAUGAAGAUGGUAACCUGAUUGCAACCCCUCUAAUGACCUUGCCUUCUCGGAAGAAAAGCCCCGACUACUACAAACUUAUAGAUGACCCUAUAGACCUGCAGUUGAUUGGGAAGAACAUCAGCAAGGGGCACUACUCUGACAUGGAAUUAUUAGACAAUGACAUGAACAAGCUUUUCAAGAAUGUUGAGAACUACUGUGGUCGCAAGUCAGAAAUGGGUAAAAUUGUUGUGAAGCUAAGGAAAGUAUUUUCACAAGCUAAGGCUGAGGAAACUUCCCAAUUGGAGAUCAUCUUAGGUGAAGGCAGUGUCACACCACCAGUGCUUGAGGCUGAAGUUGUGGAAACACUCGGUGACAAGACCACUGCUACACCUGCAACAACAGCAAAACCACCAGAGGAUGAAGAAGAGGAAGAGGUGAUCAGAUGUAUCUGUGGCAUCUUCAGAGACGAAGGCCUCAUGAUCAUGUGCGAAACAUGUAACAUAUGGCAGCACUGUGACUGUGUGGGAAUAUCAGGAGAUGUGGAGCGCUACACCUGUGAGAUUUGUGAUCCCAGGCCAUAUGAUAAGGAGAUCAAGCUUGUGCCUCAGCCCCCAGAUGCCACCCCUGGCUGCAUGUACUACAUGACCCUGAUGAAGGAUGACAUGCAGAUCGCUAUUGGGGAGUGUGUGUACCUCAACAGGGACUACAAGCGAGGAGAGGGAGCACCAGUCAGAUCAUCCUCAAGACUACUGUCAAACAUAAGUCCUGACAAGCUGGAGAUCUUCAGAAUAGAACAAUUAUGGAUUGAUGAAAAUGAAGAGAGAUACAUCCUUGGCCAUGCUUAUCUGAGACCUAAUGAGACCUAUCACGAACCAACAAGGAAAUUCUUCCACAAUGAGGUGUUCAAGUACCCCACCCUUGAAAUAGUGCCUUUGGAGGCUAUAGCAGGACUGUGCUGUGUGAUGGACCUGAAUACCUACUGUAAAGGUCGCCCCAAGGGAUACCGCUCACAGGACAUCUAUGUUUGUGAAUACAGAGUAGACAAGACAGCUCAUCUCUUCCACAAGCUGUCUAAACCAAGGUUUGGUAUCAACACCAAAUCCUACUGCUUUGACAGAUACCCGCAGAAGUUGGUGCCAAAGAGAACCUAUUCACCGCAUGAAGUACCAGAACAGUAUAAGCGCCGUGGGCCUGGUGAGAGGCAACAUGGGAGUGGGACAAGCUCCGUCAAGUCAGACUCAGGAUCAGGGCAAGGGCGGAAAGGCGAAGGAGAGAGGGGACGUCCCAGCAAGAAUGAUGGCGUUGACAAGGGAGACAAUCAGGAGAAGAAGCACAAGCAAAAGGAUCGCGAUUCUGAUGCUGAAUCCGAGGAAGACCUACCUCUGGCAAGGGUCAAGGAAUUAAAGAAAAAGGAGAAAAAGGAACGCCUGAACAAAAUCUUGAUGAAAAUGCUGGGCAACAUUCCUGGUAAACAAAAGAUUGACGUGACAUACCUGUUGGAGGAAGGAUCUGGGAAGAGACCAAGGAAAAAAACACAGACACACUUCUGAUAAGAGAUUGAAGGAGUGGCAUAUGCCAGGUUUGAAGUGUACCUAUAUGAAAAAAUGACUUCUUGUGUUUUUCAUACUCUUACAUUUGAAAUCGAGGCUUCUAGAGACUUUGUAACUGAUUUCUACAAUUUCAGUAUGUGUUCUUAUUUAUUGACAGUGAUAGUUUCAGUGUUCAUGCAACUUGUGCAUCAAAUGCAACAAGAGUUCACUGUGUUCAGAAUGUUUGUGAAGACAAAUCCUUGUCAAUAGGGCUAGCGUGUAUACCAAACAGACGCAAGUGUUUGCCAUUUGCAACUUUUACCAAAGUCUUUGUAAUCAGACAAGCAGGAUAUGGAGAUCCUUUUCAAGUGUGAACAUGCUUGUAAGGCCAGACACCCACCUAGAAGUAGAGGUUUGAUCAUGUUUGUUGAGAUUGAACAUCACUAACAAUAUUUCAAGUUAAAAUGUGGCAGCUAUGAAGUUAGACAAAACCUGGUUGAAGAAAUUCACCCACACACAACCAUUUUCAUUCAGUUUUUAGUUUCAUUGCAUGGCGUGCUGUUAUAGAGAAAGUGAAUUUUUUAUCUGUCCAGGGAAGUACACGGCUCAUUGCUUUGAUGUGGUUCGGAAAGCUGGUUUGUUCAUAAAAUACAUUUCAAAGCAACAAGAACUAUUUUCAAUGGAAGGUCCUCAAGGAAUGCAUAAUAAACUUAUUUUAAGAACAAAACAAUUGGUUUUGUGUAUGUUUCUUUGGAUAUGAAAGGGUAGCUUUUGAAUGAUACGAUUACAUCAUGAAAUAGCAUUAAAGUUCUAGAAAUUGCUUUCAUGUUUGCGCCCCCACUCGUUCAUUCAGACUCUCUGCGCAUUCUCAGUCCCACUCAUCAAACUUGAUUCAGGAACAGGUGUCUGGCUAUGGUUAGUGUGAUCACACGUGGUAGUUAUUGUGCCUCAUUUGAUUUGAAACUGAAUGUGGGCAUUUCAGUUCUGGUGAGGAUGUAGCUAUUUAUUUGUUGAUGAACAAAUUGAGAUUUGUUACGUGUUAUAUUCUGUGGACAUGAAGCCCUACUUAAGUGCCAUGAUUUUAACUUGAUGAGCCCUCAGGCUCUAGCUAGUUGUGAACAAGUUGUUAAUGUUUAGAGGAAUUGUUGUAGAGGACGUUCAAUGAAAUUGCUAUGAAAUCUUCAGAAAUAUGAAACAAAUACAAGUUGACUUUGUUUAUUUUUGUUCAAGGAACUAUCAAGGUGGAACAGUUGUUAUGUUUAAGAUGCAACUUUUGAUGCAGUCAUGUUUGUUUUGUGAGGAUAAAAUCUGAUACUGUUACUUUUGCCUUACCUAACUGAUAGAUGUACUUUAAUGGAGCAAAAAAACUGACUAUAUUGCAUAUUCGUUUGAUAUUAUGUAUCAGUCCUUUGUUAUUCUGUGAAUGUAAGGUAUUCUGUGUUAAGAUAAUUCUCACAGGCAUUUUGGUGCCAAUUUUGCCGACUUCACAACAGCCUUUUAAAACAUUAAUAUAUGUAACAAAGAUAAAUUGUGAUGGCUUUUCUUAUUAGUUAGUAAAUUGAACAAUUCCCACCUUUAUUUAUUGUUACCGUGGAAAGUGGCUAAUGUGUUCAAUCUGUUCAGAUGCACUUAUACUUAACAUUACUGUAGUGUGAUAACAUGGAAAUCCAGAAACAAACUUCCCUAAAGUAAUCAAAUAGGUUGGUGCUUCCAGUUAUGAACUACCCAUCUACAGUAUUUAGAAGGAAGUCUAGGCUGAGAGAAGGGACAAUGUAGGAAUAUGAUUCUCUUAAUGAUAUGGUGCUGGCAAUCUUGGGCUAUUCAUGGGCUCCUUUCAGACAUAAUAUGGUGGCUGUUUCACAUAUGAAAUAGCCACUCUUGCAAUAUGGCUGCAUAAAAGCUAGUCAAGCAAGUUUUCUCGUCAAAAAUGAAACAAAUAGGGCAGCAAGAAUAUUUUGCAUGUGACAUUUUUAUUAGUUAGACAUUGAUAACAGAAACAGAUGAAAUCUGCAGUUAUCUGAUGUACCGAUCAUGCCCCUUCCUGCUAGGCAUUCAUUCUCAAUUCACGCUGCAAUCACAUAUAUUUUCAUGUUGGAACUGUCAAAACCUAAUUGAGCAUUUUGUAUAUUUCCUGUCACAGCACCUGUGUAUUAAGUUUGAGAGACAGCAGUAGUGUUCACAUGCAAGGGAGGGGCAGCAUCUUGUUUCUGUGUAGAAGAGAUCUGUGCUGCCUAUGAAGUCCAUUUCUCUGUAGUAGAUGUCUGUCAUGUAUUUACUGCAUGCACUGCUGGGACGCCCGGGAAGGCACAUCCCCAGCCGACAAUUGGCCCAAACAAUCAUGUCCUGCAGUAUUUAAAGACCAUGAAAUCAAAUGAGUUAAGAGCUAAUGUCCUUUUGAAAAGCAUACCAUUUUAAUGUGUAAAUGAUACCAGAUUUUGCCUUUAGCUUUUCUUGGAUUCCUUAUGAAUUAUGGUCACAUUCUGUAAUUUAUGAUAGAUUUUUAAUGGCAUCAAUUUCAAUUGGUUACAUGGUCUUAAACUUGUUUGUUGUGUUCAGUGUGAUAAUGUGACAAAGUUAUUGUACAGAAGAGUGAGUGAGUACAAGUGUAAUGGUUGUAUGCGAGAGUGAGAGCAAUAAUCUUAUUCUAUGCAAUGGGAAGUGUUCGAAAACAUGCAUCCCUCUUUGUUGUAUAUAUAUGGAUUUAUUCUAAUAUAGUUGUGACUUCACUUGCUGAAGAAAGCAGUUGUGCUGAGAACAUACUGAUGACGCUUGUGCAAGCUUUGUACAUAUGCCGCCGCAGGAAAAUAUGCUGCAGCUUAUUUAAGUUCUUGGAGGGUAAAGAAUCAAAUUCAAAAUGGAUAAAAUCAUUUGUGUCAUGAUAGAGUAUCAAAUACUCAGCUGUAUAUGUGUAGCUAUAUUUUGUGUAUAUAUAAAACUAUCCCUGCAGUAUUUUCCUGACAAGGAGGGGACCUGACUUAUCGGAUGGUGGGUCAGCCAGUUUGACUUUCUACUUGACCUGUACUUACAUAACCUAUUCAUCCCUGGAGGAUGUGUGUAUAUUUCACAUUCACAUCCUGUCAUACCAUUGGUUGUUUUGUAGAUAAAUAUGUAUUGUACAUUACAUUUUGUAGAUAUAUAUGUAUUGUACAUUAUAUACAUACAAUUAUCAUUUUAAACUUUUACCAAAUUGUGUUCAGAAGCAGCUAAACCAUUUAUUUUUGCCAAAUGCUUUCAGUUUUGUUCUAGCAAAGGCACAUACAAUUAUCCAUGAAAUCUUAUUUUUAGAAUGAAAAGCGCAUGAAGCAAAUGAACAAAGCGCAUCACAUGUGAUACUCUUGUAAAGAUGACAUUAUUUGUGUCUUUAGUUGAUCCUCUAUGAUCGUCCGUGAUUUCAGUCUUCUGUGCACACCUGUUGUCAUUUAUCAAGGUCAUAUCAAACCAUUUGCAUUUACUUUCUCCUCUUUUCAUACUAGAGUCCUAUAUAGAACCAUCAUGAUUCAAAGUGGAGUGCAACUACACCAGAUGUUAAUAAAACCAUAGGUAAAAUA